CAGAUCAACUGCGAAUACGAUAUGAUGGCGAAUCAUAUUUCGAUGCCACGAGCUGAGCAUUCGGGGCUGAGCCUCAGGGUCAAAGUCAUGAUGUUGUCAAUCUAUUGCCUAGACUAGCUCAUGCACGUAACUGUCUGAGACAAACUGUGGUCACGACGUAUACAAAUUUCCCGAAGCGCCUAGCCGGUUUUGCUCAUGUUCAGAAGCAAGGAACCCGGGAACCCGGUUGGGGAAAUAAAUGUCAAGCUCUAUACUCUAUAGUACUUGGUCACUACCGCUGUUGACAAAUACGAUUUCUUCUGCCACAGCUUAUAGUCAUCGUCAUUUUAACAAAAUGGUCUGCCGAAACCCGAAAUCCCGGCAUAGUACACGCAUACCCGCUGCAUUGAGGAAACUCUCCUUGGGACCAGCAACAUUACGGCGCAUCCUUGCUGGCUACCUGCCGCAAGUAUGCACUGGGAGGAGCAAACAGAAAGUGGAACUGUCAAACUCGCAUACACCAAGGAUAAACAAUAAUAUGCGUAUUGGUGCUCAGAUGGCCGAAUGUUUAUUUCAACCUCCGGCAAAUGUAUAUGUGUAUACUUAUCCAUGCCCGAUUUUUGGUUGCUUGUCGGCACACGCAGAAGAUGACGGCUCGUGGCAUCCCCAAAACCCGAGCCACAACGCCUAAACAAACAAUCUACUCUAUACGGAGCUUCAUCCAACUCCAAACCAUGCCAUCAACGGUCUCGAGUAC